AUGUCGUAUGGACUGCCGUUCAGCGACGAUCCCUUCAACCCUAGCCAUGCGCUCGACCCCACGGCGGCUCUCCUGCCUGCCUCGACUCGCACGGUGGAGCAAACCCUGAUUUGCCCUUCGGAAGACAUGCACAGCUUCCUCCAAAAGGAUCUCCGCGUGGACAAGCUGAACAAGAUUGAUCGGUAUCUAUGGCUGGCUGGACAACCAAUGCCUCCUCGGCCCCUGAAUUACCAUGUCGUCGCAUCCCGCGAGAUUGCUGCAGACGAAAGAAUGGACAUGCACCUGGUGUGGGAACCCACGCGGCGCCUCCACCUGAAGCCACUUCCUCGAUAUCUUCUCGAUGGUCAACUUUGGGCGGAGCAUCUCGUCUGCGAAGGAUCAAGUUGUGUGGAACAAGACCAAGGCGCGCAAGGCCCGAACCGACAGACAAGGGAACAUCUAUAUAAAUGCGCCCUGGGCUUUCUCGCUUCCUACAUCGCUUUGAUCCAAUUUGAAAGCGACUUUGCCAUCGCCCACAACUAUCAUUUAAUUCCCCGUGACCUGACCUGGGAGAAAUGGGUCCAACUGGUCCAGCAGUUGUUGAAAAAGGGGGCUACCAAUCCCAAAAACAUCAACCAUCGCUAUUUAUUCGGUGAGCUGAGGCUGUCGCGACUAAAUCAAAUAUAUUCCAUUCGAUAUGGCAGCAUACUAAAGGGGUAUCAAUUCACUUAUCAAACAUACGGCGAGCUGGUCCGUGACCACCUCACUACCCUCUCAGCGGCAACCAUUUACGUUGCACUAGUGUUGACCGCCAUGCAAGUUGGGCUUGCUACCACUCGCUUAGGCCAAAACCUAUCUUUUCAAAAUGCGUCUUAUGGGUUUACGGUAUUCUCAAUUCUGGCACCAUUGGUCGGGAUUGGGCUAGUGGGUAUGAUGGGGAUUUUCGAGUUUGCCAGCAACAUGCUACAAACGAGGAGAUUAAAACACAAGCAGUUUGCAUUGUACGAUAAGAUGACACGCAAUCACACAAGUUAA